GUCCAACUUAAAACCUCUCAAUUUAAACCUCACUAACUCCAUUUUUCAAAAUCCCUAAACCCCCAAAAAACCAUUAAUAUCCCCUCUCUCUCUCUCUCUUGUUUCUCUCUCUAAAUCCCAAACCCAAACCCAAAACCAUGUGUAUGUUAUCUUCACCUUCUCAUUCUUGCAAAAGCAAUCCAUCAUCAACCAAAGUACAACUCCAACAAUCUGACAUGUUAAGUACUCCUCUGUUCCCCCAUAAUCCAACAUCUCAUAAAAAUCCACCAAAAUCCCAUCUUUUUUUAGCAAUUAAAGAAGCCAAAUCCAUAGCCAGCAUUGCUUUUCCCAUGAUAUUAACCGCCCUUUUACUCUACCCUCGUUCUUUAAUCUCCAUGCUCUUCCUCGGCCGUCUCGGCGACCUUGCUUUAGCCGGCGGCUCGUUAGCCAUCGGGUUCGCUAAUAUCACCGGUUACUCUAUUCUCUCCGGUCUCGCCAUGGGAAUGGAGCCCAUUUGCGGCCAAGCUUUCGGUGCUAAAAGAUUCAAACUUCUCGGCUUAACUUUACAACGAACCAUUCUUUUGCUUCUCUUGAUUUCGUUUCCCAUCUCUUUUUUAUGGCUCAACAUGAAGAAAAUUCUAAUCUUUUGCGGCCAAGAAGAAGAUAUAGCUACCGAAGCGCAAUCCUACAUUAUUUAUUCAAUUCCUGACCUAAUUUUGCAGUCUUUUUUACAUCCCUUACGUAUAUAUCUUAGAACUCAGUCAAUAACUCUGCCGUUAACAUACUGUGCAGCUUUUUCUAUUCUUCUUCACGUACCCAUUAAUUAUUUUCUUGUGUACGUACUUAAUCUUGGAAUCAAAGGCGUUGCUUUGAGUGGGAUUUGGACAAAUUUCAACCUCGUUGCUUCAUUAAUCAUUUAUAUUCUGUUCUCCGGCGUGUAUAAGAAAACUUGGUGUGGAGUUUCAUUAGAAUGCUUAAAAGGAUGGAGAAUUUUGUUAAAUUUAGCGGUUCCGAGUUGCGUUUCUGUUUGUCUUGAAUGGUGGUGGUACGAGAUUAUGAUUUUGUUAUGCGGGUUGUUGAUAAAUCCAAGAGCUACGGUUGCUUCAAUGGGGAUUUUGAUUCAGACGACAGCUUUGAUAUACAUUUUCCCGUCGUCGCUGAGUUUUAGUGUCUCGACACGAGUUGGUAAUGAACUCGGGGCUAAUAAUCCUCAAAACGCUAAAAUUGCUGCGAUAAUCGGUCUCUGUUCGAGCUUUGUUUUGGGAUUUUGCGCGUUGUUUUUUGCUUUUAUGGUGAGGAACGUUUGGGCAUUUAUGUUUACUCAAGAUUCAGAGAUUAUUGCAUUGACAUCAAUGGUUUUGCCUAUAAUUGGUCUCUGUGAGCUCGGAAAUUGCCCGCAAACAACGGGUUGCGGUGUGUUACGAGGAACGGCUAGGCCGAAAACGGGUGCCAAUGUUAAUUUGGCUUGUUUUUACCUCGUUGGUAUGCCGGUUGCGGUUUGGUUAAGCUUCUACAUUGGGUUGGAUUUCAAAGGUCUUUGGUUCGGUCUUUUAGCCGCCCAAGGCUCGUGCGUUGUGACCAUGUUGGUUGUGUUGACUCGAACCGAUUGGGAAGUGCAAGCCAUUAGGGCUAAGCAACUUACGGGCAAUGUUCCUAUUGAUGAUCAAGUAACUGAAGAGGAAAAUACGAAACUGUUAUCUAAUUCAUUAACGGACGGUGACUCGUCGGUUUGAUUCAUUUUAAAUAUGGAAACAAAAGUUUUCUAAUAUGAAUUUAGGAAUUAUUUUUUUUUUGACUUGUAAAGAAAUAGAAUUUGAUUGAAUAUUAGGGAAAUAGGUUAUUGUUGGGUUCGUUGUUUCUUUUGAUUUAAAUAGAAAGAAUGUAAAACAUAGAUUUCCUUUGUGUAUAACAAACUUUUGCUGAA